GGUCUAGGUCCGCCCAUCUAUGAAGGUUUUGGACAUGUUUUGCUUGUCUUGUCAUUUAAAAAAAUUAAAACCUGUCUUACAUGUUUUUAGUGGCUACGUGUCAUUCACUUAUUUCGUCAGUUUUAACGUAUUUUUGACAAUUUGAAGAAACGCGGUGGGAAAGGAUAUAUUAACUUUUUGAGUGACAAUAGCGUCAAUCUCCCAGGACUUGAUGCUUGUUUCCACUUCACUCUAUUCAUCCCAUUGAUGACCCCCACUCCUACCAGGCCAACAUGAAAGCUCUGAUCCUAGUGGGCGGCUAUGGCACCAGACUGCGACCUUUAACCCUAAGUGUACCUAAACCACUAGUGGAGUUUGCCAACAAACCUAUCCUUCUGCAUCAGGUGGAAGCUCUUGUCAAGGCUGGAGUGGACCAUGUUAUCCUGGCUGUGAGUUACAUGUCAGAUCUGUUGGAGCGCGAGAUGAGGGUUCAGGAAGAGCGGCUUGGUAUUAAAAUCUCCCUGUCACAUGAGAAGGAGCCACUGGGCACAGCGGGUCCUCUGGCCCUGGCCCGGGAGCUGCUCACAGACAACGAUGAGCCUUUCUUCGUUCUCAACAGUGAUGUCAUCUGUGACUUCCCCUUUGAGGACAUGUUGAAGUUCCACAAGCACCACGGGAGAGAAGGAACCAUUGUGGUGACCAAGGUGGAGGAGCCGUCUAAGUACGGUGUGGUGGUUUACGAAGCAGAGAACGGUCGCAUCCACCGCUUUGUGGAGAAACCACAGGUGUUCGUCUCCAACAAGAUCAACGCUGGAAUGUACAUCUUCAGCCCCUCCAUGCUUAAGAGGAUACAGCUGAGACCAACCUCUAUUGAGAAGGAGAUUUUCCCUCUAAUGGCGGAGGAGAAUCAUCUCUACGCCAUGGAGUUACAAGGGUUCUGGAUGGACAUUGGUCAGCCUAAGGACUUCCUAACAGGGAUGUGCAUGUAUCUGCAGUCCGUGCGACAAACCGCGCCCGACCGCCUGACCACUGGCACUGGUUUCCUGGGUAAUGUGCUUGUGGACCCUACAGCUGUGAUUGGUCAGAACUGCACCAUCGGGCCCAAUGUGACCAUCGGGGCUGGGGUGGUACUGGAGGACGGGGUCCGGAUAAAGAGAUGUACAGUGCUGAAGGGGUCAAGGGUCAGGUCACACUCCUGGCUAGAGUCCUGUAUUGUAGGCUGGAGCUCCUCUGUGGGACAGUGGGUACGUAUGGAGAACGUAACAGUCCUGGGUGAGGAUGUUAUUGUGAAUGAUGAGCUCUACCUCAAUGGUGCCAACGUCCUUCCUCACAAGUCCAUCACCGACUCUGUGCCUGAACCGCGCAUCAUCAUGUAGUCAAGGAACAACCCGCAGACACUUCAACCCACCCACGCUUCAUUAGAACUCGGCCCAAGUGCUUCAACCCCUCUCAAGUGCCAGAGUAGGGAUGCAGUUGUCCCAGGUUCCAGUCUGUUCCUGCUGACCCUCUAUGUCAUCUUAUGGCACAGCGUAUAAGUCAAGAAAUGAUGCAACAGCAGACUGGUACCCUGGGUAGUGUUUAGACAAGAGGUUCAAGCCAAAGGGAACUGGUUAGCCAGGGCUUGUUUUGAAUUCAUCCUGUUGCCCCCCCCCCCCCCCCCCCCCCAACCCCAAGUGUAUCUGAGAGGGUUCAAUAAUCAAAUGUUAAUGACUCCUUGCCUUCUGGAUAUGUGGGAUCUCUUAAUCUCUUGCAAUGAUUAUGUCUCUAUAAACAUGUUUUUUUUUUUUACAAAUCACUCUGGGCUGGGUGGGGCUGAUUGAGGUGGAGGGAAAAUGACAAAUGGAUUUACAGACGCUGUGCCCAAAACGGCACCAUGUCCCCUUAGUUUGUGCCCUACCUUUGAUGUGUGCCCUUGGGUCUCUGUUCCCUAUCAAGGGCACUACUUCGGACUGAGGCCAAGGUCGAAAGCAGGGCACCAAAUAGGGAAUAGGUGCUAUUUGAGGCUGGUGGGGGAUGACUAGGGCGGCAGUGAACAUGCUGUAGAGCUUCACUGACACGGUUUCUACUGACCGUGGGGAGGAGUGAGGUAUAGCGCCAUAUGUUUCUAAUGACCGUGGGGAGUAGUGAGGUAUAGCGCCAUAUGUUUCUACUGACCGUGGGGAGUAGUGAGGUAUAGCGCCAUAUGUUUCUACUGACCGUGGGGAGUAGUGAGGUAUAGCACCAUAUGUUUCUACUGACCGUGGGGAGGAGUGAGGUAUAGCGCCAUAUGUUUCUACUGACCGUGGGGAGGAGUGAGGUAUAGCGCCAUAUGUUUCUACUGACCGUGGGGAGGAGUGAGGUAUAGCGCCAUAUGUUUCUAAUGACCGUGGGGAGUAGUGAGGUAUAGCACCAUAUGUUUCUACUGACCGUGGGGAGGAGUGAGGUAUAGCACCAUAUGUUUCUACUGACCGUGGGGAGUAGUGAGGUAUAGCGCCAUAUGUUUCUACUGACCGUGGGGAGGAGUGAGGUAUAGCGCCAUAUGUUUCUACUGACCGUGGGGAGGAGUGAGGUAUAGCGCUAUAUGUUUCUACUGACCGUGGGGAGUAGUGAGGUAUAGCGCCAUAUGUUUCUACUGACCGUGGGGAGUAGUGAGGUAUAGCACCAUAUGUUUCUACUGACCGUGGGGAGUAGUGAGGUAUAGCACCAUAUGUUUCUACUGACCGUGGGGAGGAGUGAGGUAUAGCACCAUAUGUUUCUACUGACCGUGGGGAGGAGUGAGGUAUUGCACCAUGUGUUGCUGGCAGUGUUGAUAUUUUGCCUUUUGAAGGGGCUUGGUACGUUCAAAGAGGUAACGUACAAGGAUCAUGUGACGGGAGUGCCCCUUUAACGAACAGGGCUGUAUUUGUUUAGCAUCAUUUGUCCCUACAAUGUUCUGCCAACUUCUUCUUCUGCUGCCAACCUCUUUGCCCUUCUGUUUAUUGACCAGGUAUCCUCAUUGGUCAAAAGAAUAGUUCAGUGUUUUGGAUUUUGUUAGAUUUUGUUUGAGACCGACAGUGCCCAGUCCCACAGUGUCUGUGAAACCAUCCCUUGACACCCAUUUCAUUUAAUUUCAUGAUGAACGUAUACAACUUAAAUGUCCUUCACUGAUUCCUUGCAAAUGUUCUUAUGCUUUGGCCAUUUUGGGAAGCAGCCGAGGACCAUUUGGGGGCAAUCCAGGAAGGACUUUAAAGAUUCACCCACAGUCUCCUUAACACAUCUUUUAAGAAGCCUGUAUUUCUGCUUGUCUUUUGUUUUGAAACAGAUUGUAUUUUCUCCCAGGAGCCCUAGACUGCUGUGGAUCGUAGUUAAGCCGAACAACAUCCAGAUAGUAAAAUGUAAAUUUUUCUUCUCUAGAGGUUAUGUCUAUGUCAAAAGGUUGCAGGUUACUGGUAAUGUUCCCCAUGUUUCCAGUUUUCCAGAAAAGCUAGUCUGGUGUUUCAGUUUUCCAACUGUCCAGGAUUUAUGGAAAACCCCAGAAUCCUGGGGGAAAGUUCCAGAAUUGUUUGACCCUAAGUGGGUGUAGACAUUGUUUUUGACUGUAUCCCAUGUUUAACUGGAUUGGGGGGGGGUUCAGUAGACAGCCCAAUGGGGGCCAGUCAACCAAUCACUGAUGAGUGUUGACCAUGCCACCCGGGUGAUCAAAUCCAAUUGAAGUGAACACUUUUAAUGAUGUAUGUUUUUUAUCAUAUUAAUAUAACGAAUUGAUUGACCAACUUG